GAAGCGUAUUCAUGUCUACCGAAUAUAUUGUCAAGGUAUACUUUUAGCGCGAAUAAUUAAGCACCAAAGCAGCAUGGUCGGCUCAAGCUCAUUGUCUCCAGAUGUGGAGAAACUCAUUACCGAUCCCGAAGUUCUCAGGGUCCUGCGACUCUUCAUCUCGCUUGGGCGGACCGACAUUAUCAAGUUUCUAAAUGAGACAGUCAAUCAAGAUCCCAAGGAGGUACAAAAUGCAUUAGAUGCUGUCUACUUCUUUGUAAAACGAGGAUUGCGAACUCAACGCUAUCUCACAUCUCAGAUGCGUACCGAUGCAGAACCCUCUGAGUGGCCAUAUGACCCUAAUGAAGAAAGUUCCUUCACAUCUGCCGAAAGGAAACUUGUGGAUAAAUGUAAGUUUGGGGCGCGAUGGCCCACAGUGCGGGGCGCAAUUGAUAUAUUCCGGCGCGGGUUCAUGCACUGCGUUGAUAAAAUGACAUGGAAAGAUCCCGACACUGGGCUGACAUAUCGCGCCUGGAAUACUGUCAACAUUUGCCCUCCCGACAGACGCCUAUGGGACCGAAACAGCAAAGCAUAUGAAAGCCAGCGGUUUUGCGCAUAUUCGCGACUGCAAUUUGUAAUCUUUUACCCAGGACUAGUUAACCUCGCAUUUCUAGAGCAAGGGCAAGCCGAUGUGCUGGCACGGGCCGAGGCACACUUCGACAGACUGUGGGCACGCAACAUGAAAUUUCGCAAGACGACUGUAGAUGUUACACGUAGUGUUCUGAAGAACUACGGCAGCGUUGACGACGGUUACACGAAUUACGAUGGGCUUUUGACCAAAGAAGAGCUUGCAAAACAGCGGAAAGUCAUUCUUGUUGAUUUUGACGCUCAGCGUGAUGCGAUGCUGAAUACUGAUGCGAGUGAUUUUCGCGAGUUCUCUCAUGCGGGCUGGUGGUUCAAAGUGGCCACACGCGCAGUUAGACAUUAUGGACUUGGAUAUGUGCCCACUAAGGGAAUUGAAAGCAGAUCCAGAUCCUUGUCAAACGUUUCACGAAAGAAGACGGGAGCAGAGAAAGAAGAAAGAGAGAGAAGUCGGGAUAGACAUCGACAAGAAAAUAAUCAAAACCCACCACGAGAUAAUCGAAAUCGUAGAAGCUCACUAACAAGAAGUGAGAGUCUUGAACAACAGCGACAAGAGAGUAAGAGGAACACAGUAGAAGCAAGAGCGCCAGCAAAGAAAUCGGACAACGGCAAGAAAGCAGAAGCAAAGUUGCCUGCAAAGGAAUCAAGUAGAAAAAGUAAAAAGCCAGCUGCUAAAACUGAUCCAUCUUCGUCACGAACUGGUGGAUCCGGGGAAGUAUCCCGGAGCUAUGGAUAGGAAAAUAGCGAUAAGGCCAUGUAUUUUAGCCGGGGUAAGAGAAAAGAGGUAAUCUAUCAUGAUAGUAAUACUGUGUCCUUACUAGUGGUAUGAUAAACA